UGUCAGUUCCAUGCAACACUGACAAGUUCACAAAGGGAGUGGUUACAUCAAGGACAACUAUACAUAUCCAAGUGAGAGGACUGACAAUACGCAAUAUUGUGUUUUCAGAACAUAGUUGACUCCUCUAAAAUGGCAUUAGCAUUAGUUACCAUUCUGGUCGUAACGGCAGCGGUGCUUCGAGCAGGAGACACAGAGAUUGUCAGAGAUUUCAAUGACAUUCCUCAGUGCCUUGAAUUCUUCUAUGAGAGAACCCCACCAGCCCUGGGACCAGUUCCUCAACGCACUGCUAAAAUAUGCCAGAAAUUCAACAACGGAUAUCAUUUUGCAACACUAUAUGACAAAGCACAACGCAUCCCUCUCUAUUCUGCGUACGUUUUUCAGAAGAGCAACGGCGGCGGUCGUGAGAAGAGAUGGUUCAUUGAGCCACAGCUUGUUAACAACAACUGGCAGGGUGGGAUGCAAGAUGCAUAUCGCCUCAGUAAGGAGCACCCCAAUGUGUACCUGGGUGUGGAUCAAGCUCUGGAUGAGGAUUAUAAAUCUACAGGCUUUGACCGUGGACACCUUAACCCCAAUGGUCACCACGCAGGUGACAGCCGGAAUGCCACUUUCAGCCUCACUAACAUUGUGCCUCAGAAUCGAAUAUCGAACCAGGGAGCGUGGAGACUGUAUGAAGAAGAACUGGCCAGGAUGUUCAGCACAGACUGUGCUACAACUUUCGUUGUGGUUGGGACUGUCCCGUCGCAGAACAGCAAGCUGAAGGAUCGUGUGAACAUACCGGACUGGGUGUGGAGUGCGUACUGCUGUGUUAAUAACAACGGGAUGCCACUGAAGAGUGGGGCAGCAACAUCUUUAAACACAGACCAGAACAAGGUUAACAGGCUCACUUUGAGAGGGCUUCAUAUGUUUUUACAGGACCAAAUGUACACCGAAUCUGUUCAGAUUUUUACUGAUCAAUGCAUGUGACCCUAUUGUGUUUAUACUGUACUGUAAGAUGUUGGUGGAGAAUAAACUCAGACGAACUUAACACUAACAUUUUGUCUUUGCUUUUAGAACAGAAUUAUUGCUAGAGUAGUACCAGUUUAAGGUUAGAUAAAAGCGUGUUUGGAUGUCUGUAAUUUUUAAUCUGGUUAAUUGAGUUUGUAAAAUAAAUUAUAAUUUUGUAAAAAGUUGUUGGGAACUUGAUAUGAGGACUUUAAGAGUCGGUAGGUUUAAAGCCAAGUAGUGCUUUGUAAUUUUUAUUAGUAAUGUUGUUAAGGG